AUUUUAACCGAAACAAGGCGAGAACACCUGCCAUUCCAGAAGGCUUAUUUUAUUCACCAAAAUUCUCAAAAUUAUCUUUUUUUCCUUUGUUCAACCACUUUGUAUGAUUUGUAAUUAUUUUUGUGUGCAAAACAAUGCGAAGAUCUAUUUCUAAGCAAUCUCUCGUAUCGUUGUGUAUUCUGCUACUAGUAACUUUUUUCGUUCUGACUAUCAACAUUUACACUGGACCGCUAUCCUCCCAAGACAAAGAAAAUGAGAUUUCACCGGCUGUACAAAUUGAUUCAUCAGAGUUUCGAAGACGUCGAGAUUUAUCGCUUAAAGACUUGUGGUAUAAGAAGAAAUUUAUGAGAAAAGAGAAUGGAACGUCAUCAACAAAAUUCGGUGGGAUUUAUGUACGGGAGGCAUAUCGUGUUUCAGAUGAGGAAAUUCGGUUUUUGUAUUUGGAAAAUCAGGAUAACAACGUUAACCUAAAAGCCGAAGUUCCGUCUAUUGGAUGGAAACCAGUUGAGUGGUUUUGCUUUAAUGCAUCAUGUUUCGAUUAUCUUUUUUGUUCGAUGGCUACUAGAUUUGGAAGUAUUCGGUUGUCAUCAGUAACUCCACAUCAACCUUAUAUUCACUUGACAACUGAAUUAAACGACGAGUACACGGUGAUUCCGGUGAUCGAUGUUCGUUUACAUCCGAUUACACAUCAUUAUCCACAUACCCUCGGUGUAUGUCUCCAACCAAUAUUCUUUUUUACUGAUUGGACAGUCAUUAUUCAGUUCUUCGAGUCCUGGAUUGCCCAGGGCGCCACAAAAUUCUAUUUUUAUCUUCACAGCUACACGUGGCAAACCAAAAAAGUUUUGAAUUUUUACAAACAAUCGUUGGGCGAUGAUUUGGAGUUGUUGGACUGGAGUGAUUUGCCGGUUCAUUCAAGAAGUCGAGGUGACUAUGAAAAGGAUCCAAAUAGUAGGACGUUCCGACAUGGAGCAACAGCGUUUAUGCAUGAUUGCAUGAUGAGAGCAAGGUCUAAAGUAAAAUUUGUUGCAAACACUGACUUGGACGACUUGGCGGUUUCCUCAUCACUAAAUAUCUCUGAUGCUCUGAACAAAGCUUCGGAUCGUCACCCAAACGCAGCACAAUUCAAAGUUGACUGGAUUUUGAGCCAUCAGCCUCAACAUUGGGAUUCGAUUCAUACUCCACGUGAUGUAAAUUUUGGCUUACAGUCUGUGAGGGUGCUUGAGAUUGAUAGCAUUCGUUACGAUUAUAGAGUGUCAAAGAAAAUGUUUCAUCGGCCUGAGAGAGUUGUUCACUUUGAUAUGCACUCAGUAUAUCGCAAUGAAUUAUCCGAAGACAAAACACAUCAACAUACAACAAUUGAGAUAUACGAUAGCUUGAAUCUUUAUUAUCUUCAUCUUCGAAGAUUUGAACGUCAUUUACUGAACCCACCUGUUGUUAAAUAUAACAACCGAUUUAAUAGCUCAUUACUAAUGAAAUUAAACACAAAAAUGUUGGAUCAAUUCACGGAACGGAUGGAGGGAACUGAGUUUGGAGAAGCAAUGCUGUCUCCUUGGGCUUUAGACGCUCAUCAAACAAUGCGAGAUUUAGAACAAUGUCGACGAGAGGCUUUUGGCACAAUAUUAGACGAUAGAAACCAAAUGUGUCAGCAAAGUUCUGCUGGAUGUGAAGGAAUGCUGACAUCUGGCAUAUCGUUUAUCAAAACACCUCAAACAUGGGUAAAUAUUGCUCACAAGGCACUUUUCAAUAGCUACGUCGAGAAAACAAAGUUAUUUUCAUUAUUCCAGUGAAUAUAGCUCACUGUUGUUAUUUAACACAAGGGUUAUGUUGGUACGGGUUUCAAACUGUUUCAAUUGAAUAAAUUUUUUGAACACGGA